UCUCUGGACCUGCUCUGGCUGUCAGCCUGGCGGUGUGCGUGCGUGCGUGCGUGCCCGCCCGCUGUGUGCGGCUGUCAACCUUUGUGUGUACUUUUCUGAAACUCUGUAAAGGCUUUGUGGCAAUGCUGACAAAAACAGCCAGAUAGUUACCUAGUUUUAUAGAUCUGCAACGUAAAAAAAUAUCCUUACUGUUAAGAAGAUGGCAAGUCCUAAUGGAGAAAAGAAAGAAUUAUGUCCUGACGGCAGUUCUGAAAGCUUGGAUCAAGGAGUAUCAAAUUCAAAAACUGCUGGAAGUGACCAUAGCCUUUCUACGCUUUCAACACAUGAUGAAUGUUUUCACUCGCAACAAUUUUCACAGUUGAGCCUCAAUAAAAUGGAGAAUUAUUUUCUAAAGGGUCAAUUAACAGAUGUCACUUUAAUAGCAGCAAUCUUCGGAGAAGACAACUCAAAGGUUGAAGUUGUAUUACAAGAUGUGGAUGGUGAUGCAAUUAUGGCUCUUGUUCAAAUUAAUUGUUAUACUCUGGUGGCAGUGUUGAACUACAAUGAAGACACGCGUGAAACAUUACUUGCCACUGCAUGUCUACUACAAUUUAAUGAUGUAGGAACAUUUCAUGGAAAAGUUAUUCGUAAUCAAGAAUUUCUUAUGCUGUCCAGGCUGAUGAAGUUGCGAAAGCUUCUUGCUUCUGAUGAUCUCAAUGUGGCCUUCUAUCUUAAUUUAGGCGCUACAAGCAUUGAAAAAUAUGAUCUUCGCACUAAUUCUUGGAGUAAUGUGGCAAAUAUGAGUGCUCGGCGCCUACAGUUUGGUGUGGCUGUUAUGGAUGAGAAGCUAUAUGUUGUUGGAGGAAGAGAUGGAUUGAAAACACUGAAUACAGUUGAAUGUUACGAUUUAAAAGCAAGAACCUGGAGCAAUUUACAUCCAAUGUCCACUCAUCGACAUGGUCUGGGUGCUAAUGUGGCAAAUAUGAGUGCUCGGCGCCUACAGUUUGGUGUGGCUGUUAUGGAUGAGAAGCUAUGUGUUGUUGGAGGAAGAGAUGGAUUGAAAACGCUCAACACAGUUGAAUGUUACGAUUUAAAAGCAAGAACCUGGAGCAAUUUACCUCCAAUGUCCACUCAUCGACAUGGUCUAGGUGUUGGAGUUCUAGAAGGACCACUGUAUGCUGUUGGAGGUCAUGAUGGCUGGAGUUACCUAAAUACUGUUGAGCGAUGGGACCCACAGGCUCGUCAGUGGAGUUUUGUCGCGCCAAUGUCAACACCGCGGUCUACAGUCGGUGUUGCUGUACUAAACAAUAAGUAUGACCCAAAGACUGAUACUUGGACUAUUAUAGCAUCAAUGAGUAUUGGCAGAGAUGCACUUGGUGUAUGUUUGUUAGGUGAUCUACUAUUUGCAGUUGGAGGAUUUGAUGGGCAACAUUGCUUGAAAGUGGUAGAAGCUUAUGAUCCACAGACAAAUGAGUGGCAACAGAUGGCACCUCUGAGUACAGGUCGGGCAUGUGCCUGCCUUGUAGUGAUUAAAAACACUCAUCCAAGCUGAGAAUGGAACAUUUAAACAAAGAUAACUAUGAAAUUUAAAAUGUAAUUGUUGAAUGAUUAUUUUUGUUCUUCAUUCCACAACUGGAGUGAGUAAUGCCUUAGAUGUUAUUAUUAAACAUAUUAGAAGAGCAGUUGUAUUGGCAGCUAACUGAUAUCAUAAAUAGAUAUAACCAUGUAAUUCACGAAUAGUUGUUUUCUCUCUCUCAGGAGAUUGUGUGAAAUGGAUCUUCAUUAUGUUAUGUACUUUCCAUGUUUAAGUAUUAAGGUGUUAGUAUGAAUAUCUUUAAAUAUACUACAGAGAGAGGAGAGUAAAGGUAAAAUUGUAAUAUUUUUACAUUUAAGCAGGGAUUUUCAAUGAGGUAUGGGUCGACAUUAAUUUUACAAAUAAGUAGUUUUGUAAACACUACUUAAAAUUCUCUCCUGCAUAGGUAAUAUUCAUUGAAUAUCAUUUGACUUUUAACUCUCACAUUCAUUCCUUUUUUCCUAUUUCAUAAAAUCUGCAGAUUGUAAUUAAAUAAUAGUUAAUUCAAAGUUGUUUUUCAACUUGCCAGCAAAUUGUCAAUUGGUCUUUGUUAGUAAAGAUUCCACCAUGUCAAGAUUCUCACUCUUGUGUUUUACUUGACAUUAAAAUAUUUUUAGUUAUUUUUAAUUAAGUGAUUUUCCUCCAUCGAAAAAAGUGUUAAAGAAACACAUUCCAUGUUAUUUAUACCCAAGAAGUAUAAAUUUUGUUAUGUUUGUGAUAAUAAAAAGUGAAUAUUCAUUU